AUGGCUGAUGAAAGUAAUGUGAUCAAAGAAGAAGUGAAGGAUGAGCAAGAUAUACUACGUAGGGUCUUUAAUAUUCUGCGAGAAAAUAGUCCGGAGCUUGUUGGAUUUUCGCUUCUUACAGUUAUAAUGCCACCACAAGUUCUUCUUGAAGGGACAAAGAAGACAAUCUUUGUCAACUUUAUGGACUAUUGCAAGACGAUGCGUCGACAACCAGCUCAUGUUAGGGCUUUCUUACUUGCUGAGUUGGGUACUAGUGAUACACCUGAUGCGCAGCAAAGGUUGGUUGUUAGGGGGAGACUUACAUCCAAGAACUUUGAAGGGCUUUUACGGCGAUAUGUCUGUGGAUACGUCGUGUGCUUUGAUUGCAAAAGCACAAACACAACUUUCACCAGGGAGGUUCGUCUCUUCUUUGUGAGAUGUGAACAGUGUGGAUCAGAACGAUGUGCACCACAAAUCCGCAUGAACAGAACGUAUCUUGGUCGCAGGAAGACUGGAUAUAUUGGUAGCUCAAGUUUAAUAAUGAAAGGAAAAGAAACAAAAGACACAGAUUAA